AAUACAUUGGUUAUAUUCAAAUUGGCUUUAAAACAACCAGUACUUAGAUAUGGCCCCGUAUUGUAUGGCAAAGUGUGCAAUGGAUAUGUUCACAAAGUGUAUGGCAAGCGAGUUGGCCACCAAACGUAUCCGCAUAAACUCAGUCGUACCUGGAAUGGUUCGCACCGAUUGUCUCCUAGCGAUAGGCGUAUCGCAGACCGACUCCGAUAAACAUUUUGAGUCUUACACUAAUAUAUUGCCGGUCGGCCGAUACGGUCAGCCCCAAGACAUCGCUGACUCCAUACUAUAUCUGGCGAGUGACCAUGCUCAAUAUAUCAAUGGCACAUUCAUCAUGCCCGAUGGCGGCGCCGUUGCCGGCAAUAUUUAA